AUGCCCAUCCUCCGAUCUCUGCCCCAUGCCAGUCGUGAUGUCUCUAUGCCUCUCUGUGUCUCAAAUCUUUACACUGCCGUUAUGUUAUGCCUUAUGACUCUUUCGCAAGGCAUCUCCACAUCUGACAUGGAUUUUGGGGGCCGCACUGCCACGACGAACCGACAGAAGCUAAUCCAAUCUGGAGGGAAAUGUGGCCAAGACAAAAGCUUAAUCGUGAAUUGGGUUCAACCGGAGAGCCCAACAAGGAAGGAGGGAAUGGUUUCAUCGGUAGACAUGCUGCAGGGUUGUUUUCUCGGAAUAGGAUAG